AUCAGUCGAAACCGAGUUCCCGCGGCACGCGUCCCUUGGCCGCUACUUCGGAGCGCGUCGUGAGUCUUCGGCUUGCGGUCGCGCGACCGCCCGUUUAUUUUUCCGAGUCCCCCGCCCGGCGUCUUGCCGUCCGCGCCCAACAAGUGGUGUAGACUGUAGACGGUGACUCGCAGCUCACACGACGUCUCGCGCUCGCACUUUACACAACUUUUCCGAGUGCUCCCCGCGCACGCAACGGUCGCCGCGAGUUCGAACUUCGGUCGCGUGUUUUUAAAACUUUAAUCGAAGUGUUCAGACCUCAGUGGCGUGUCAGAGAAGUGUUCGGGGGUAGUUUGAAGUCGAUGCACCUCCCGCACGCGAGUCCUGCCGUCAGGAUGGCAGACGUUUACGCUCAUAUCCACGAGUACUACCGGCAGAGUCACGGAGAGUUAGUACAGACUGGUUCUCCGGCUGUCUUGUGCUCUGCGUUACCUGGCCAUUGGAGGUCGAAUAAAUCAUUACCGUUGGCUUUUAAAGUAGUGGCACUAGAUGACGUUCAAGACGGCACUCUAGUUACGAUAAAGGCUGGAAACGACGAGAACGUGAUGGCCGAACUCAGGAACUGUACCGCGGUGAUGAAGAACCAAGUGGCAAAGUUCAACGACCUGAGGUUUGUCGGUCGGAGCGGACGAGGCAAGUCCUUCACCCUCACCAUCACCAUCAGCUCAUUUCCUUCACAAGUCGCCACCUACACCAAAGCAAUCAAAGUAACGGUCGAUGGACCAAGGGAGCCGAGAACAAAACAAAAUUAUGGCUACGGACACCCAGGACCAUUCAGUCCAUUCCUUCUGAAUCCCGGAUGGUUAGAUGCGGCGUAUCUCAACUACGCCUGGGCCGACUACUUCAGGCCCCCUCAAAUGCGAGAGCCUUCCACGCUUAUCAAAGGUGGAGCCGCGCCGCUUACUACGCCACCUGUGACGAUACCUGGUGCUGAUUUAUUCCCCUUUCCUCCGGCUGUUACGAAUUUACCACCUGGUGGCCUAAUACCUCCACCCGGUGCAUUCUUACCACCGAACGGUCUUCUACCUUUCCCACCGCACCCGGCGGAACUAGCACUAAAAAGUUUACCCCCUGAACUGUCUCUAAAGAGCGGUUUAACUCCUUAUGAAGCGUUACGACAAUUUCAAAACAAUGUUUCUUCAAUGGACACGUCUAGUGCACGACUAUCACCGACAAGUAGUAGACAGAGCGGUAGUCCGAGAAGUAUGGCGAACGCUAGUCCUGAUCGAUCGAAAACAGAUUCGAAAUCGGAAGCGAAUUCGAUACACGACGCAACGAUCACUGAUGAAUCGGACGAAGAACCUAUCGAAGUUGUAAAGUCCGCUUUCCAUCCAACUAGGCCAGCGAAUUUAGAGCUUCAAGAAAUGAAAAGGGUUCAGGCAGCGGAUUCAACAGUUUCAGAUAGGCCACGAACACGCAAUGAACUGAAAUCAACUUCACAGCGUACUACCAGAGUACUUUCCACCAGUCCAACGUCAACCAAAAUCGCUAACGGAACAAUACCUAGUCACAAAUCUGUGUGGCGGCCAUAUUGACAGUUUCAGUGUUAGUGCUAAACAUAGUAUAGUUACCGGCUUCGCAGAGCGGGUACGUUGAAAUGUGAUACAACCAUGAGCUUGUAAAUACUUAGUCAUAACAUAGACAUAGCAAAUAUUUAUUGUUAGAAUUUAAAUGAGAAUUUCAGCUGAAAUAGAUUCGAGUGCUAAUAAAUGUUUAAAUUGUGUAAUUCUUGUUAAUUUUAUUAGUUUUAUUGCUACCGUAUUCAGGCUUUCAUUGUAUAACUGUGUAUAUGUAGUUUUGUAUAUUGUGUACAGAGAAUAUUAAAUUUGGAAUUUAAUAUCAUUAUCAUUAAAAAUGACUGAUAAAUUUAAAACGUUGUAGUAAAGACAUUAAGCUUAAUGUAAAUAAUGAUUAUUUAUGACCAGAAUGUACAGUAAUUAUUAUUGAAAAUAGUCAUCGUAAUCAUAAUGUAAAUACGAAUUAUCGAUAUAAAAGAAUUUAUCCGAACA